CAUUGAGACAUCACCUAGUCUUCACUACUUUGUACUAAGAACCAACUAACUCCUCCCUUCCAGAGUUCCACUUACCACCUCCCACCUACUCUUAGCAAAUGUCUCAGUUCCACACCAAAUCUCCAAAGCACUGUGCCAAUAAGAACAGAUUCAACAUAGAAAACCUACCCAAGAGGCUACUCUACACCUUCUCGACCUUUCUUCUCUCUGUUUUCUCACUCAUCUUCCUUGUCUGGCUCAUCCUACGCCCCUCUAAGCUUGAGUUCUACCUCAAAGAAGCCGAUAUCUACCAAUUAGACGUCACAACACCUCACCUUCUCAACUUUUCCAUACAAGUCACUAUGGUCACCAUGAACCCAAAUAAGAAGGUUGGGGUCUACUACGACCAACUCCAAGUUUACGCCUCCUACAAGGGCCAACAGAUUACUCUCUACACUUCUCUUCCUCCAUUCUAUCAAGGCCAUGAAGAUAGCAAUCUGUUGACAGCUUCCUUGGUAGGACAGGGCCUCCCCGUGGCCCCAUCUCUUGGUUACGAAGUGGGUUGGGAUCAGACAACAGGUAGUCUGGUUUUAAGUCUGAAGGUGAACGGAAGGCUUCGAUGGAAGGUUUGGACCUGGGUUUCCGGCCAAUAUCGGUUUAAUGUGGAUUGUGUUGCCAUUAUUGCCUUUCGUCCAUACGUUGUAUUCCUCAUCAAUUAAAUAGAUUACUACUCCCAAGAUUAGUAAAUGGUCCCUUAGCUUCUCCUUUGUCAUCUACCAUUACCGCUCAAAGGGACAACUCCAUUACAAUUACAAUGCAAUACCCUUUAAAGCUUC